ACUAGCAGCUAAAAGAGGAAGUGCGAUUUCCAUGUGAAUAAAAGCAGCGACAUUGAGCCAGUAGUAUACUGACCCCUAGCCAGUAUAAUCAUAUCCAUCCGCUAAAUGUAACAAUAAACGUUUAUCAUAUAUACAUCUGGAAAAUAACAGUUUAAAUUAUUCAUGUUAUUAUAGUGAAAUGUAAAAAUCGCCGAAAAUCUUUCUGAAAACUAUAAAAAUUUCACAGUACUACUUUCCUGCGCAUUGAAUGUGAACCCGGUAUGUAUGUGACGAGGCAUUUUAUUGCUUCCGUUCCGUGUUAAAUCUAGAGCGAAGAUGUCUGACUGCUGCUAGUCGCGAAGGCGAGAACCUGUGUGCUCAACUUUUUUUUUAUUUGACGUUUGAAAGAUGGAAAAACUUGAAGAAAAUGGAUAAUAGGCCUAAAGACUAAGGAAGUAUUUUAUACCGACAGCCUUCAUUCAUGAUGGAGGAUAGGUUUUCUGAUGAAAAUAAUCGAUGUAUUCAUUCACAAUUUUGGAAUGGAGUCAUAAAACAAGGACUAGGAAGGGAGUCAAUGGUACGAGUCAAAGCUCAGGUGAUGAUUCCGACUGAUGGUAUGUGGGUACCACUUGACGGAGGACUUAGCACUGUUGGGAUUUAUAAGCAUGUGUAUGAAGACUCAAGGAAAUUUGAAUAUUGGGUUAGGGCAACACAAAAUACAGAUCUAUGUGGAACUAUUGUUGUUGAUUGUCAGAUAAAAAAAGACCUACGCUACGUCAAGCCAUCACCCAUAUUCCAUCACUGGCUAACAGACAAUAAGAAAUUUGGAUUGGUCUAUAACAACACGUAUGAUGCAAAGGCCUUUGAUAGAGGAAUACAAAGAGCAGUGGAGGAGCUUAUGGAUGGUUCUUCAACAGAGUCGUCAACAAAUCAGGUGACAGAUAAUGAACUUGGUGAUGAUGAUGUGUUUGUCCCUGUUGAACCUUUGUUAUCACCAAGUCCCAUCCAUGACUACCAAAAUACACCACCACUAUUUGCGUCACGUCCAUUGGACAGUUACACAAGUACACUAAAAAAUGUUAUUACGCAACCUCCUCGCAGUGACGGUAACCAGUACGAAUAUUUACAUAGAGUGCAUUAUCUGCCAAGGCGGAUGGUCAAGAAAGAGGUAUGGGUCAAAAGUCACCCCGAAUGGCAGUCAGUACGUGAUCAGCCAUGUAAAGUUUCAAGUGGACCAAAGGAUUCUUAUGUACAAUUUGUCAAAAAUUGUCCAAGUAGACAUGACUACAGUUACCCAACCUUGAAUACAUCAAAGUUUAGUGAAAGGCAUCCUAUUGCAACACAACCAAAAAACUCAUUACCACCGUUAUUGCCAGAUAAAAACUUCAAAGUUGACCCCAAAGUUCGACAAGAACGAUGUGUCCAUUGUUUGAAUGUGUUUGAUCCACGUCAAAAUCGAAGAGGACAGUGUCAAUAUGCCCCGGACAGUACGUUGCACUGUAUAGAGAAGUUGACAUGUUAUUGCCUUGCUGAAGGCUUGCAGUAUCACUGCUGCUCCGACGGGGAAAAUGACUAUAGCGAAGGCUGUUCAUGUGAUCCGAGGCAAGAUGGAUUUUGUAAAAAAUGGACUGCCCUUUCGGCAAUAUCACUAUGCCUACCUUGUCUCUUCUGUUAUCUACCGCUGAGGGCGUGCCAUAAGGUUGGUGUAAAAUGUGGUGUAUGUGGAGGCAAGCAUGUAGCUGUAUGACAAAAUAUGCAAACAAAUAUGUAGAUAUAAUCAGGGAGCUAAACAGAAGGAUUUGACAGUUUGAGAAAGAUGUCUCAUUAAGUAUUUCAUGAAUUGUCUACUUAUUGGUUCUGCUUACAACUGUACCUGGAGACAGGAUUGAAUCACAACAUCCUAAUUAUGGCUGACUUUAUUGGAUGAGGUACUGCCAUUGACUGAAUUCCCAUCAUCUGAGUAUGUUUGUGUGUGCGCGAGUGCCUGUGUCUCUAAGUUUGUGAGUGUGUGCAUGUGGGUAUGUUUGUUCCUACAUUAAUUAAAAAAAAUACCAUUGUGUACAAGAGUAUGUGAAUAUUGGAUGCAAGGUUUUAGUUACAAUGUUGUUGCACUUGUAUUACAACUGUAAUUAGUGGUUGAAACUAUCAUAAUAAGCAAAUAUUUUAGAUUUUAUCAUGUAUUUAUCCUUCUGCAGGUUAAAAGUUGGGUUAAGGACACAGAAGUAUUCUCUUUGAGAUUGAAAUUUUAUUGAGGUGUUUCUACAAAAAAAAAAGAAAUUAAAUUUAACUGAAUCAAUUAUUAUAAAUUGUAUUAAUGUUAAUAAUAUCUUUGUUUAGUCUAUCCAAAUGUAAUGCUUUAAGUACUGAAUGCUAUGGAGGCCCUCUUGUGUCGGGUCACCUCCAUUGUAGGUCUUCCAGGUUUUUGAUUGCAUUUUGGCCCUCAGUGACCGUUCAACACAUGAAUGAUAUUAUCAUUCUUAUAAUAUAUAGUAUACAUAUUAUUUGUUUCUUUAGGUAGAUUAGAAUAUCACUUAUUACCAUAAUUUAAAAAUUAAAUUUCUAGAUAUAAAUUACUGAAUUAAGCAAACAGAGCUUGUGGCAAAAUUGCAGUAAUUUUAAUUGUUUAUAAUUUCUUGGAUUUCCAGAUACAUUAUGUGCUGUUCCUACCAAGUCAUUUCUUAUGUAAUUCUUAAAGGAAUUGGCCAGCUAUUUGAAGCCAUGUUGAAGGCCACACACAACUUUGGCUUCCCUUCAACUUUCCGUCAUGCCUUAUUUAGUUAUCAUGUAGAAACUAAGUUAUCAAAAACCUAGGCUGACUCAUUAGCUUAGUGCCUUUUACAAAAGCAUUAGUUUCCUCAGUUGAAACGUAAUCAAAGUUUCCACACUGAAUUCCACACCUUCAGUGAUUUGUGCCUCUUAAUGAACAGACAAACCAAGACUGCAUAGGAAACACCAUUGUCGAUUCCUCAUUUGUGAAGGCUGUAAAAGUAUUCAACAGAUAAAUACACAUACUGUAGUGCAUAGUACCUAUUAUAUGAAUAUACCUACAUUUGCAUAUAAAUAUGUUAAUGUGCUUCCAUCCAUGUGCAUGCAUAUGUAUGUGCACAUGUGUGUUGUAUACAGAUACACAUUCCUGUGCAGAGAGUUCCAAGUUGAAGCAAGCAUGUCUACUUGCUUGCUUACAGUACAUGCAUCAUACUACUCAUGCAUACUUAUAUAAAUGCAUCACUCUACAUACAAUAUGUUUUAUAAAUACUACACGCCAAUGCCAUAUAUCUACAUAAUUAUAUAUGGUGUAAUACAUAGAAUCAGCAUGGAUGCCGCCAUGCACACAUAUGGAACUAAGAAAGAUCUGGAAUGCAAACCUAUGCAAUGAUAUCUGGAAAACAGAUCUCAAUUUUAUGAUUUAGUGCAUAUUGCAUUGUGUAUGUAUGUACAUACAUAACUGCUACCAAAUACUGCCAUGUAUUCAGCACACAGACUCCAUUAUGAUAUGUUUAGCUAGUGUAGGACAGGCUUCAGAUUUGUUGAGCUUUACACUAUAUCAUGCCAAAGAACCAAUAUAAACUGUAGUGUCAACGAAUGCCCUGAAAUAUAUACAUGUAGUAGGAAGAGUUUAGUGAACUUUCAUUAUUGUUGGAAAAUAGAUUUGGAGUUUAGAUAUGAAAUUUUGAGAUAUCUUUGAUGCAUGGGACAACUCAAGGAAUUGAUUUUUUCAGUGUUUUUAUUUGUAUACAGUAGAAUUGUUUGUCAUUUAUUAUACCUAUGUUGGCAUUUUUGUGUAGUCCAAAUUAGCCAUUAUAUUUGAUAUGCCAACAAGUCUUUCUAACCUGAAAAAUCAGGUUCUAUUCAACAUUUGGGAUUGUUUUUAUUUUCCAAAUCUCUAGUUUGAUUUUCUUUUUUCCCCUCUAAAUGUUCCAAACAAACAGUAAAUCUGAAAAUACAGUAGAAUAUUGUUCAAAGAUACAGUAUAUAUGUUAUAGUGGACCGGUUUAUUUAUUUGUUUAAAUAUGCAUAAAGAAAUAUUGACACCUCUUUUCCAUGCUUCAUCCAAAAGUUAGACAUUGACACGGUGCUUCGGUUAUGUGAUUUUUAAUGGGUUAUAAACUUCAAGAUGACAGUCUAGGUCUACUACUACUACUACUGACUAGAUGCCUAUGUCAAGUUUUAUGCCUAUUUUUUAAAAUAUGUAUGAUAGGUGCAU